AUGCAUACAAUUUCGAUAUCUCCUGAGGACACGAAUGUCAAAGCCCAUGUUUUGCCAAAAUCACUCAAAGUCAGCAAUCUGAAAAGCAGCGAGCCCCAACCUGUUUCUGAAUCGACCAACUACCUGUCUCUUGCGCCGCGUAGUACGCCUAUAGAUGGAAGACAUUUUGAGAAUGAUGGCCCCGGCCAUCUUGCUAAUGCUGGGGCUAGGCAUGACAACGAUUUUGUCAGAAUUAGGAACAUACACAUCCUUCCGACUGCGGAUGAAAUAUUGUCCCAGCGCGGCCCAUAUAUGCCGUUUAAACCGUUUAACCAACCCCAUUUUCUUCCCCGAGGGCCAGAGCGCCUAAUUGAUACGUUGUUUCGCCACCUAAGAUACGAAAAUGUGGAGGGACUAAAGGAUUGUGUCUAUGUCGCAGCGCAAAAGUUACUGACAAUUAGCAGUCACGGUUCUGAUUAUGAACCAUGUGAGGAUACUCCAAACGGUAACCGAUGCUACUUGUUCUGGGAAGCUGAGUUCGAAGAGCUUCUUUUCCAUGACCGCCAAGGGCUCAUGGUCCGCAUUAGUUACCUAUGCCCGAAAAAGCUACGUGGACGAAAAAUAUUUAAUUCCGGAAGGUUCGAAAACGGGAUGGUUGUGGCUCUAGUUGGGCUUGAUAACGAGGGAAAUGAAUUAUCUGUGGUUUUUUUCGAGGCUUACUUGAGUCAAAGCACCGAUUCUAUGGUUUCGCGCGGUGGAAAGGGUGUCAGAGCCGCCGUUCAGCUACGUUUUGCUCAGCCAGAAAAUAUCGAUGACUUACGGCGAACUGUGCGUUACUCUCAAGGGCUUGCUAGUGGUCGCUUCGUUCUUGUCGACUUUCCAAGGCGACUACUAAAUGGUUUCUACCCAGUUCUAAACCGGCUUCAACAGUUACAAAGGUCAGAUUUAGCGUUCACUCGGUACUAUGCUCCGAGAAGAGAAUCAGAGGAAAAUGUUGGCCUUCUACCUCCGUCGUAUUCAAUACUUGAAGGAGCGGUGAUAGAUUUUAAAAAUCCAAGCCAGGACGCAAUCUGCCGGGGAAAGCCACUACGGGACCUUAUUGCAGAUAAAAGUGAAUUUCUCCAAUUUCUCAAGGAAGGUACUGGGCUCGACGAAGGCCAGGCUAUCGCAUUUGUGGAAGCCAUGAAUAGGGAACUUGCAUUGGUUCAAGGCCCUCCAGGUACUGGAAAAACCUAUUUGGGUUCUACUCUUGUACAAGCGAUACUCUCCGCAGUGGGCUCCUCUCAAACACCUAUCUUGGUUGUCUGUUUAACGAAUCACGCUCUUGAUGCUUUUCUGAAAGAGCUCCUUGAGAAAGGUGUAAGGAAGAUAGCUCGAAUUGGGGGUGGAAGCAGGGAAGAUUGGACGAAAAAGUACAAUUUGAAAUCUCUUGUAUCUUCAACCAAACUUAGGCAAAUUGAGAGACAUACUAGGGCGAAGGAGUACGGAGCAGCCAAAGACCUUGCCAUUGACGGAUCAGACAUCUGCGAAGCUACCAAUGCCCCAAACAAAUUAGGAUGGUACACAGUAUCCAAACAUCUACGUGACAACUACAAGGAUGUAUACCGCCAGUUCAUGCUUGCAGCGAGGACUGAUGACCCACUGCAAAGCAUGGGUAUACAUAAGAGAAUAGGCGGAUUCCCGUAUGCGCUUUGGAGUUCCGGGGGAGACCUGGAGGUCUUGGCUGAAAGCGUGAGCGGAGAUUUUGCCAUGUUCCUAGGGAGAAACAGCAUUGAAGGAAACGAUCGGCAGAUCGACCUUGGAAUAUUCUACCAUGUAUUGCGGGAUGUAUUAUCCCAAAUGCGACAGAACAGUUGCGAUGCCAUGGAAAAUAUUUGGAUGCUUUCACAUCGAGAGAGGUGCGAACUAAUGGCAAAAUGGGCUUCUGAGAUUGAUCAUGAGGCGACUGCAAAGGAUAUUGUCAACAUUCAUCUCCAACACCAAGCCGCAGUGUCUCGGCUGCGGCUUGUUCGUGAGGAAAUUGAGGCGCGCUGUCUUUCUAUGCAGGAAGUUGUGGGAUUGACCACCACGGCAUGCGCUUCCAAAUGGUCCCUUCUACAACGCUUGAGAUUACGAGUUGUCAUUUGCGAGGAAGCUGGGGAAGUUAUGGAAGCACAUAGUCUUUGCACCUUGCUACCUUCUGUAGAGCAUGCUAUUUUCAUUGGCGACCCGCUUCAACUUCGGCCUCAACUCGUAGAACAAUCUCUGUCCUUAGAAACAAAAACUGGGUCCCUGUAUCGACUGGACGAAUCUCUUUUUGAGAGGCUGACGAAUAGCAAGUCUGGGAUUAAGACGCUACCACAUUCGAUUCUAAGUGUCCAGCGCAGAAUGCAUCCAGAUAUAUCACAGAUUGCUAAAAGCACACUCUAUCCACGGCUACUGGAUCACCCCUCGACCAAGCUACACUCUGCUGUUGGCGGGCUGAGAGAUAGAACCUAUUGGUUCGAUCAUAGGAUUCCCGAGGACCAGUGUUUUGGAUUUUCUAGCGCAACAAAAUCGUUUUCAAAUAGAUUUGAAGUUGAAAUGGUUUCAGGAUUGGUUCAAUAUUUGGUCCAGAGCAAUGUAUAUGGGCUAGGUGACAUAGCAGUUCUAACACCGUACAGCGGCCAGCUAGCGCAAUUAAUCCAAAGUUUGCAUCGUUCAUGUAGCCUGUGGCUCAGUGAAAGUGAUAAGGAAGCUCUUCUCGAGGGUUUCCUCACGGAUAAGGAACUGGAAUCGCCAGGGCCGGUGGACUUGGAUAUGGCCGGAAUGUUGCGCAUAUCAACCAUUGAUAACUUCCAAGGCGAGGAGGCUAAAGUGGUUAUUUUGACUACGGUGAGGAGCAACCCUGAAUGCCGUCCUGGGUUUUUGAAAACGAUAAAUCGGAUCAACGUGGCAUGCAGUAGAGCCCGUGAUGGAUUCUAUAUUUUUGGAAACUCGCAAUCGCUACAGAUCGUUCCCAUGUGGAAUGAUAUUAUACAACUAUUCCGCUCUCAAAAUAGACUUGGGAUGACUCUUAAAAUACGGUCAUGUUCUCAAAAUCUGAGCCAUGAUCCUGGUUACUUUCCCGUUCAGCAACCAGAAGAUUUCGCCAAAAUCCCUCCUUGCCAGGCGCGAUGCAACCAACUUCUCCCCUGUGGACACAUUUGUACUCAAAGCUGCCACCCGCUCGAGCUCCAUGCGUCUUCUAUUAUGAAAUGUGAAGCAAAAUGCAAUAAAGUCCAUGAAACAUGCAAACACCCAUGCACGAAGGCGUGCUGGGAACCCUGUGGAUCUUGCAUUGCCUCAUCAAGCAAAAGGAGUCUUCGUUGCCGACAUGAUAUAAUGAUUCCCUGUGCAGAACAGAAGUCCAACAUUCCUCCAUUAUGCCAAAUUGUUGUUGAAGAGUUAACACUACGCUGUGGACACAAGUUUUUGGUUAUCUGUGGUUUUAGAGACCAGGAGCCUUUAUGCUCAGAGGCUUGCGAUUUCAUUCUCGACUGUGGUCAUCGGUGUGUAGGGGUAUGUGAAACUUGCCACAAAACCGGGCAUGCUCCAUGUGCUCAAAAAUGUGGCAAGAAGCUAGGGUGCCAUCACAACUGUGAUGCGGGGUGCCAUGAGAAUGAAUCAUGUCCCCCUUGCCAGCAACCAUGUCAGGAGCGAUGCUCCCAUGGCAGGUGUAGAGGUAAAUGCAACGAGCCAUGUCAGCCAUGUCUUCGAGUAACGAACACCAGCGAAUGUUGUAGCAAUAAUGGCCUUUAUAUAUGUGCACUCGAUGUCAUAAUCAACAGGAACCCGCAGAAACUUACAAGCACUGUUGAUUGCCUCAUCAUGAAUGUUGGGAGAAAGUACCACAUGUUGGGGAAACGACUGCAACACUCCGAUAUAAUGCUCCGUGAAACAUCUAAACUGUUUCGCAGCCAAAUCCGUCCUAGUCCCUUGUCUGCAGGACAUAACCGACGCGUGAUUCAAGAACGCGGCUCAGGAAUUGCCGAAGUCCAAGCCCAUGUCCUAGAAAUCAAAGAACAGCUUGUCAUACCACUAGAAGCAGACCUAAGGCACCUUCAAGAACAGCUUCAAAUUCCUAAAACCAACUCUCCAUUCGGUUUACGAUUCGUUCUUCUCUUCUAUCGAUGUCGCUACACAUCCCUUGUAGACCUGCUAAAAACAUCCGAAUUCUUGCUAACACUCGAUGACCCGUCAUGCCAGUGCAGGAUUCUUGCCGAGUCCAUUCGUCGCACCGUCAUUAUACACAGUAACAGAAAUACCAGCAGCCUCAAUAAUUCAAUAAUUGAAUGCGAAUCCAAGUCUCUAAAUACGUUGGAGGUUGAAACACGCCUUUUACAGCUGGGAUUCUACUCUCUGGCCAAGAGAGCUGUCAAACUAAAUUGUGCACGAGGUAGGGAUAUCGCGGACGAAGCAAGGGGCUUUAGUGGAGAUGUGCCAGAUGACACCGCUAUUCGUGAAAAUUUUAGUGGACUGGGUCCAUUCAAGCUAGAUCUUGACCUGACGAUACAGCGCAUGGCGACGUUAUGCCGUCGUUAUCCAAAAUCGGCAGGGUUGUAUGUCAAGCUGGUUGAUUCAACGAAGCACGCAAUAUAUUCAAAUCACAAGCUGCCCUAUCUAUUUCCGGCUGAAACCGGAUCUGUGGAGCGAGCCUGGGGAAGUCCUGAGUGCAGCAAACUCGUCAAGUGUGUCAAUCAUCAUGUGUACCCGGCUGACAGUUUCGAUGAUUGUCCUGAGUGUGGAAAAGAGGUGGUAGGGAGCGACGAAGUGAAUUAUGAGCAAUUUCUCUCCGAAACCGAGUUCUUAUCAUUGAUGCGAACUCAGAACCAUACCGAUAAUCAAAUGGUAAAGGAUGUUGAUACCUUACAGGCCAUUAAGUCUAGCCAAGGACGGGUCAAAAAUGUGUCUAAAAUCGAUAACAUGGAAUCUGGCCCGAAGCCCUCCACUGGGCAAACAUCACUCUUUCAGGUUUAUCUGCGGCUUCGGCCACCAAUGAACAAGAAAGAAGCGACCCAGAUACCAAAGCAGGAAUACCUCACAGUUGAGCGCCCAGAGCCCCAAUUGUCUGAAGACGAUGGAAACCAACGUCCCGUCUGGCCUACUCAUAUCACGCUGCAGCCACCAAACGAUUCGAGAAAACGAGCAGUUGAGAAGUUCGGGUUCACAAAAGUUUUUGAAGAGAAUGCCUCUCAGCUAGAGCUUUUUGAAGAAAUUGGGAUGCCCAGUUUGAUAAAAGGUGUUCUUUGUGAUGGUAGAGAUGGCCUGGUUGCUACCUUGGGAGUCACUGGGAGUGGAAAGACACACACUAUCCUUGGGUCGAAAUCGCAGCGCGGAAUAACGCAGAUGUCACUCGAUGUCCUCUUCCGUUCCCUUUCGUCAACGGUUCAGAAUUUGGAUAACCAAGAUAACCCCCUAUUGCUAUCGUCCAUUGCGGAUUCCGACCCAUCUGAAGCACAGCUCUUUACUGCGAGAUCCUUUAUCGAAAUGAUUUAUAGUGAUCCAUGGAACGAACGAGGUCGAGGGUCCAGGGCUCAGACCCCGAUGUCUGUUGUGUCGAGGUGUCAAACCCCUAUGACGGAUUCGAUGUCUACUAUAAAUUUCCCUCGACGUCAUUUGCCUCACCGGCCGAGUACGCUCCCUCAAUCGCCGGACGUGAGCGAAUUCGUGAUUCCUAAUCCGAGCGAAGGGGAGACUGUGGUAUUGGUAUCGAUGUACGAAGUAUAUAAUGAUCGAAUUUUUGAUCUCCUUACUCCCUUAAGUUCAAGAACCAGUUGUCGACCCGCAAUGAACCAGAAGGAAAGGCGUCGGCAUUUACUAUUUAAACCUACAGAAGCUUCACCGGAUCGCAAAGUUGUAGCUGGUUUGAGGAAGGUUAUUUGCGGCACUUACGAAGAAGCCUUGAUGGUCUUGGAGACUGGCUUGCUGGAGCGAAAAGUGACUGGAACAGGAAGUAAUAGUGUCAGCUCACGAAGCCAUGGGUUCUUCUGUGUUGAAGUGAAACGAAGAGUCCGAGAUAGGAGGUUUGGUGAAGAAUCCUGGAUUGGAAAUACGCUGACUGUGGUUGAUCUUGCUGGCUCUGAGCGCGCUAGAAAUGCGAAAACUGCGGGAGCAACACUUGCAGAAGCUGGGAAAAUUAACGAGAGUUUGAUGUAUCUGGGUCAAUGUCUCCAAACGCAGAGUGAUUUCCAGGACGGAAAUAAGAAUGCGCUGGUACCCUACAGACAAUGCAAACUCACCGAACUCUUAUUCUCUAACUCGUUCCCUUCGCCGAACCACGGGACUUCAUAUCCGAGACACCCACAAAGAGCCCUUAUGAUUGUGACUGCAGACGCACAGGGUGACUUUAACGCUACCUCUCAGAUCUUGCGCUAUUCUGCAUUGGCUCGCGAGGUCACCGUGCCUCGCAUACCCUCCGUCACAAGCACAAUCUUGGCUAACACGGGGUGUGGAAGGAAGAGUCCAACUUAUGCUCACGCUAACAAGUCCAAAUCCAGCCUGUAUUGUGCUUCAGCGGAAGAGUUAGAGACUGCAGCGUUGGAAAUUGCAAAAAUUAGUGAUGACUACGAUGCCUUGGCCGUAAAACUGGCGGAGGAAGAAAUUGCGAGAGCAGAAGCUGAGUUCCACUGGAGAGCAGCCGAGGAAAGGUGCAUGUUGAUCGAACAGGAGGUACGGGAAGAAUGUUGGCAGGAGAUGGAGCAGCGGCUUGAGGAAGAGAAGCGACGAUGGCAAGCGGCCUGGGGUGAACAGGAAUCACGUCAUGAUGAGCACCUGGAUAAAAAAUUAGACUUACUGUCAAGGGGCGUAAGGAUCCACGAAGACCCGCAAACAUCUUCAGAACAUCGAAUAAUCGCAUUAGAACGAGAUAAUGAUAAUCUACGAAAGAGAGUCGCCAGCCUCGAACGUGAAUUGCAUUCCCGCUCUCCAACGAAAAAAGCAACAAAAUCCAAGAAAAAUCUCAUGCCCCAGCAGCGGCAGGAUUCGCUCGAUUAUAGCUAUGCAAGUUGUGAGAGUGACGUUGAGAACUCGCUCAUGAAACUCCAAUAUCUUAAACUAGAUUCUGACGUUAAGCGAAGCCCUGGGCCAAUGUCUGUGUCGAAGAAAUUGACAGGCGGGAGAAGACAACGCAUGAUGACGGCGAGACAACGGGAUUUUGCUCCAGAGUGUUUUGGAUGA